AUGAGUUCUUAUAAGAAAGUCUCUCCCAAACAGAGUGACGAAUUCAGACCCCAUCUAAUAAAAGUCGAUCUUUCAUUGGCUCCUAUAAAAGAAAAUACUGAGUCAGUUCGAUCAGUCAAUUUUCCUUCUGAAAUCUAAUUAUUGCCUUAACCAAUUGUACCAACAAGGACUAGUAUACAUGUUAAAAAAGUAAAUCUGAUCAAUUAUUCAGCUAAAUAGAAAUAGUGA